CCCAUGUGCCGGUGUGCGCUUCGCCGCUGGCCUGUUGCCGAGAUGGACGAGGGAGCGAGGAGGAAGGCGAUGGAGUGGCCGCCGCCGUCGACGUCGCCGUCGCUGGUGGUGCGCAGCCCCAGGCAGACGGUCAGCCUGAUCCGCAACCGCCGUCCCCACCGCGACUGGGACAACUCCACGAGGUCCCCCUCCUUCGCCGCCCGCGACCACGGGCCCAAGCCGUCGGAGGUGUACGGCUUCGUCGGAUCCAUCACCACCGCCAUGGCCACCGCCGUCUACCUCGCCUGGGCGUACACGCCCGAGCCCGUCCUCCGCUCUCUCGGCAUCACCUACUACCCUAGCAAGUAUUGGGCAUUGGCGGUGCCAUCGUUCGUGAUCGUGGCCGUGGCGCUGUCCAUGGCCAUCUACAUGGGUCUCAACUUCGUCGCCACUCCUCCCCCGACUUCCUUCAGUACAAUCUUCGAUGAAAAUAGUCGGGAGCGCAUGACGUUUUCUCCUGCAAUGGAAGAAGAGAUGCCGAUUGAACCUAUUUCAGACAUCAGUAUUGACCAAAUCAACGAUCUCAUGUUUGGUGGUAGAUGAUUUACUACUACGGAUGGAAAAUGGAUCUACCUCGGAGCACAAUACUGGAAACAGUAGCAACAUAAAGAAAGCAUCCUCAUCAGAUUGCCUUCAUAACCAAUUGAGGAACUCCAUUCUUUACUCUUUAGGGUGGAUUUUAUAUGUGUGAAUUCAUUGUGAAGGAACCUUCCAGCAUUUCUCUGUCUAGAAUUUCAGCUGUAUACCCCUCAAAAAAAAUUCAGCUGUAUUUAUUUUUUCAAUUCGACAACGGAGCUGCAAAUGUUUGCAACCAACAAUGCUAGUGGCAAAUGGCAGAGUGAAUGGAAUCCAGAAGGCAAUAAGCUAGCUGAAUAACUUGAUGGGCGUA